CAAGCCUCUUUCUGGCUCUCCCAGCUCUCCCAGUUCCCCCUUUCCUUUACCUGUGAGCCCCCUCAGCCCCCCAGUCUCUCACCUUGGGCCUCCCCAGCCCCCCCAAAUGUCCAUGUCCCCCCAGUUCUCCACUCCCUGCGUUACCUGCGAGUGGUGGUGUCGGAGCCCAGCCCGGGGCUCCCCCAGUACGUGGGGGUGGGAUAUGUGGACGGGAUUCCCUUCGCGAGCUACAGCAGCGAGCGGGGCCGGGUGGAGCCACGGACUCUGUGGAUGGCGGCUGGAGCUGAGCCGGGAUAUUGGGAUACGGAGACCUGGAUCAGCAAGAUGUACCAGCACGAGGACCCCGCCCACCUGAAGAUGCUGCAGAUCCGGUACAACCAGAGCGGGGGUCUCCACACGUUGCAGCGGGAUUUCAGCUGUGAGCUCCUGUCUGAUGGGAACGUCCGUGGAUCCUUUCGGCAAGGCUUCGACGGGCAGGAUUUCCUUUCCUUUGAGCUGGGAUCCAGGAGCUUUGUGGCGGCUGAUGGUGCUGCCCAGAUCACCAAGAGGCGCUGGGAAUCUGACGGGACCAUGGUGGAGAGGUUGACAAAUUACCUGGAGCACAUCUGCCCGGAAGCGCUCCAGAAACACGUCCAGUAUGGGCAGGAGGCGCUGGAGCGAAAAGGUGGGGGCAGAAUUCCCAUGGGAAUGGGGAACUUGGGAAUGUGGCGCCGAUCGGGCAAUGCCCUAUUCCUGCCCCCCGGCCCGGGCCCGCGCCACAAAAUGGCGCGCGGCAGAGCUCGAGUUCCCGCCAUCGAUUGGUGCUGUGCCCCGUCACCCUCGCCCUCCGCCGCGCUCAUCUGGUCAACUCGGGCGGGCAUCCCCCCCUCCUCCUGCCGGGCCGGCAGCGGCGCAAGCGCCCGACGGCGCUGA